AUGGCUCCUCGCGUCCCCCGUCUCCCCAAGGCCAAGCCCACCGAAAUCUUCUGCAUCAGCGCCGCCGGCGUCGGCGUCCUCGCCCCCCUGUACAUGGCCAUGCCCGGCGCCGAGGAGAAGCUGCAGCGCCAGACCAACAAGUGGGCGCCUCGCUGGGAGCGCAACAUCAACUACUUCAGCUCCCCCGCCGAGCGCACCGCCCAGCGCAUCGAGCCGCCCAUCGCAAGGGCCGUCAAGAAGCUCGACGAGAAGCUGCCGCUCGAGAAGAUGGCCAAGGGCAUGGAGAGGGGCAUCCAGAAGUCCAUUGCGCGCUUCCAGCCGCCCAAGCCGAGCGAGUCGUAG